CCAAGAACUCCCAAAAAAGCAAUGGGAAACUCACAAAACACUGUCUCCUUCAUUUGCUUUGCUUCUCCAUUAUUUGUGUUUUGACACAAGUCAAGUUUCACUGCUUCACAAAUACUUCUCUCAGCACACACCCCAAGCUGGCAUUAUGGCCCAUAUGUCAGAGAUGAUGCAUGUGGCUUUCAUCUGAUUCAUAAAUCAGCAAUGAGUGGUUUGUAGACAUCAAGAAUGGAAAAGGGUUCAUCCUCUUCUUCUUCGUCAGGUGCUGUGGCUGACUCAAUCAAUGGCUUGAAGUUUGGGAAGAAAAUCUACUUCGAGGGUGUGGGUUCUGGAUUGCGGCCCAAAAACGGUGGUGGGCUGUUGCCGGAUGCGGCGCCUCCGCCGUCUCCGGCCAAGAAAGGGAGGACGGGCCUGGUGCAGGGAGGCCAGCCGCCUCGGUGCCAGGUGGAGGGUUGUAAGGUAGAUCUGAGUGAUGCUAAGGCUUAUUAUUGUAGGCACAAAGUUUGUGGUAUGCAUUCCAAGUCCCCAAGGGUCAUUGUUGCAGGCCUUGAGCAAAGGUUUUGCCAACAGUGCAGCAGGUUUCAUCAAUUGCCCGAAUUUGACCAAGGAAAGCGGAGUUGCCGCAGACGCCUUGCCGGCCACAACCAGCGCAGGAGGAAGCCACAGCCAGGACCUUUACUAUCCUCCCGCUACGGAAGUCUUUCUCCAUCCACAUUUGAUAACCAUAGCAAAAGUGGAGGUUUUGUGAUGGACUUCAGUGCUUACACGACCUCCCUCACUGGAAGAGAUUCAUGGACAAACACAAACGCAACAUCUGAACGAGGAUCGGGCAAUCAAGCUACUAUUGGAGGGAAGUAUCAGCUUCCAUGGCAGAGCAGCUUACAAACUCCUCUACCUGAUCUUCUGCAAGGUUCACCAACUCGGCCAAGUUAUACCGGCCUUGGAGUAUCCUCAGAUGAAUGUUUCAGCGGAGUCUCUGACACAAGCAGUGCUCUCUCUCUUCUGUCAAAUCAGCCCUGGGGCUCAACAUGCCAAUCCUUGAGCCUUGGGGUAAACAGUUUUCUUGGUCCUGACGGGACGGCCAUUGUUCAGCCGCCUUCGGCCAGCAGCUCAUGGGGCUUUAAGGGCAAUCAAGCUAGUAACACUCUUCAGGAGAUGCCUCCUGAUAUGGGCUUAGCCCAAAUUUCUCAGUACAACGGAGAUCUCGGGUUGGCUCAACCAAACGACGGGCAAUACCAUGAAAUCGAGCCAUCGAGGGGCUAUGAUUCUUCGGUCCAGCACAUGCACUGGUCGCUUUGAAUUGUUCCGGUUUUCAACUUCUUGUAUCUGAUGUAUUUCUUCAACUUAGCACGUUUGUUUGUUUCACUCAACACUGAGGUUUCUGUGAUGUUUUCUUUGUGCUUACUGUUAGUAGAGACGACGAUACCUUCGGACUAAACAGGCAUGAACAUUGAAUUGCUGUUAUUGAUGUAUCAGUUGUAUUAUGAUUGAAAACUCAUUUGCUCAGUUGCUCCAAUGACAUUCAGGACAGUGAUGCACAAGUUAGAAUAGUAAGAUGUUAAUGACCAGCA